AUAUUAAUUUAAAUUAUUGAUACUAUAUUUUUAAAUUAAAUAAACACAUUCUUGUAAUAUUACUUGUAAUACGAUUAUUUUACAAGGUUAGUAAAUUAGACAGUGUUCUGUCUCCCCUCCUCGACCGUGGAUGAUGAAAGUCUGAAUGAACACUAGAGUGUUUCAAGAUGCGUGUAUUGCUGCUUAAAGAACCAAAAGAUGGAGAGUCUGGACCUGAUCCCUAUAUUAAGGAGCUGGAAUCACGAGGACAUAAAGGAACCCUACUUCCGGUGCUGUCUUUUAAGUUUGUGUCAUUAAACACUUUGACAGAUAAGCUUUUCCAACCAGAGAAAUACGGUGGGCUCAUAUUUACCAGUCCAAGAGCAGUGGAGGCUGUAAGGAUGUGUUUGGAAGCGGAUGAAAGAAGGGAAGAAUGGCACAAAGCAGUGAAAAACAAAUGGAACACCAAGUCCAUCUAUGUGGUUGGGAAGGCCACCGCUUCAUUAGUACAGAAUCUAGGUCUGAACCCUUUGGGAGAGGACACAGGGACAGCAGAGGUGCUAUCACGACUUAUUAUUGAACGAGAGGCCACCAAUAUCCCACCGCUUUUUUUCCCCUGUGGCUCAAUCAAAAGGGAAGUCUUGCCCACGGCUUUAAGGGAAAAUGGAGUGCCCCUAGAGACAUUAACUGUCUAUCAAACAGCAGAGCAUCCCAAUCUGGAGAAAAAUCUAAAGAACUAUUUCACAGAGCAGGGCAUUCCAGCAAGCAUAGCUUUCUUCAGUCCAUCAGGAGUGAAGUUUUGCCUUGAAGUGGUGCGGAGGCUCUCGGCUGAACAGCUGACUCAAAUAAAGUUUGCAGCCAUAGGGCCUACUACACAAGAUGCAAUAGCAGCAGAAGGCCUUUGUGUCAGCUGCACUGCAGAAAAGCCAACAGCUGAACACCUGGCGAUAGCGAUAGCUAAAACUCUGCAGUGACCAGCUUUUAAAAUCCACCUGCCUCAUCUUUGGUGUUUGUUGUUAUUAUAUAUGUAAAUAUGUACUGUCAUUUGUGUAUUUUACUGCUUUACUGCUCAUCUUUAUUGUUGUUGGACACAUGAUUCUGCUAUUUUUGCACUGAAAGAAAAAAGUUAUUUUUUGCAGCACCAGAGCCAGGAAAGUCUAAGAUAAAAUUAUAAUUUGCUUUAUAUGAUGUAAGAAAAUGACUGAGAAAAUAAAAGGCAAUCAUUGUGAUAAUAUUGAA